UUUCCAACCUUAACACCCGGCCCGGGUUUUGUCGGCUAGCGCCUGCGCACGGAAGCUCUAUCCUGCAAGGGAUCCUUGAAUUUCUUCGGGAUUCCAGAUCUGCAGUGCAGAGCAAAGCAGGGGGAACGCGCGGCAGCUGCUUCUAGGGUCGCCGAAGAGAUCCGGAGAGGAUUUUAAGCGGCAGUCAGAGAGAGGAAGAGGCGAACGAGGACCAAUUCAACCCCUCCUGACUCGAAGCCAACCUUCGCUAUUAUUCUUUAACCGAAACCAGAAGCCUUGCGCCGUUGAAUUUCAUCCUUCGCUGCGGAAGACCGCGCACGCCGCAAGCUGCAUAAUGGGGAAGCAGAAUAGCAAACUGGCUCCUGAAGUGAUGGAAGAUCUGGUGAAGAGCACGGAAUUUAAUGAACAUGAACUCAAGCAGUGGUACAAAGGAUUUCUAAAAGAUUGCCCUAGUGGAAGACUGAACCUAGAGGAAUUUCAGCAGCUUUAUGUUAAGUUUUUCCCCUAUGGAGACGCUUCCAAGUUUGCCCAACAUGCUUUCAGGACCUUUGACAAGAAUGGCGAUGGCACCAUUGACUUCAGAGAGUUCAUCUGCGCACUCUCCAUCACUUCAAGGGGUAGCUUUGAACAGAAAUUAAACUGGGCCUUCAAUAUGUACGACUUAGAUGGAGAUGGGAAAAUCACUAGGGUGGAGAUGCUGGAAAUUAUAGAGGCCAUUUAUAAAAUGGUGGGUACAGUAAUAAUGAUGAAAAUGAAUGAAGAUGGUCUGACACCAGAGCAACGAGUAGACAAGAUUUUCAGCAAAAUGGAUAAGAACAAAGAUGACCAGAUCACAUUGGAUGAAUUCAAAGAAGCUGCAAAGAGCGACCCUUCCAUCGUAUUACUCCUGCAAUGUGACAUUCAGAAAUGAGCUUGUAUAAAAUGCUUUUCAUGGACUGCACAGAAGUUUAAAUGUUCCAUUCAGUUUGCAGCUAUCUAUACAACACACACACACACACAGACACACACACACACACACACAAAACAAACAAAAAUUGCUUGGACUAUCUAUCAAUGGACUUGCUUCUUGUGUUUGAAACACUUGUGUGCAUGAGAAUGUCAAUUGCUAAAGAAUUUUAAAAAUAUCUAUUCUAAAACAAAACUAUGCCACAUUGUGAUGUGCGCAAUGUCAUUUCAUAAGUCCUUUUUCCUCUGAAGCCUAUGCAGCAAUACCAUGCUGCUGUGAACUAUACUAUUUAUUGUUCAAGUUUUACUGAUGCUAGCUAUAUGUCUUCUUAAACUGGAUAAUGUUAGUGACACUGAACUCCCCAUGGUAGUGUAACUGUUCAUUAGCAAGUAUGUCACCAUUCUGCUAUAUAGUCGUAGUGGACAGACUGAGGGCAGCUUUAGGAGUCUGAUCCAGCCAUGUGCUUGUAUUGUCAGUGGAGAUAAAUGUAUUUCAUUUGCAUGACUUUUUAGGUUUGCCUUAAUUCUUACCUCAUUUGCAUCCUUCAUUUGGAAAAAAAAGAAAAAGGCUCAUGUCAGAGGAACGAAGCAUAAGAUAAAACUUUUUUUAAAAAAAAAAAAGCUAACUCCACUAAGGUGUUCCCAUAGCUGAAAGCUAAACGAACAAAGAAAUAGAGAAAUAGAGAACAAACAUAUUUUCAAUGUUGUUUUACUGGAAGUUUAAACUGUUUUGUUGGGAGUGUAUUAAUUUCUGCUUGAAAUCUUCAUAAGCUUCCAAACAGGUUGAGAUCAAUGUCCCCAAAUAAAUUUAUAACGUUUGACUUCUCGUGUGUUUCCUUUUACACAGGUACCUUGCUGCUAGUGCUGGAAUUAAAUAGGUGAUGAAUGUUAUUUGACAGCCAAAUAUUUGUCAGUGGAGCUUCAAUGUAUGUAUGGGGACUUCACCCAGAUGUUUACAGAACUCAGCUCCAACCAUUUUCCAUUGCAGGUGUAAUGGACAGGAGGAAUAACCCUGAGGAACAGAAGGAAGAGCUGCAACCAAGGCAAUAGUCAGAUAAAAGAAAUUUGCGUCCAAAACAGAAAUGUAAUUUGAGAAAAUGUA